GUGAGUAGGUAUGCAAGAGUUCCGUUUGGAGUUUUCAAGAAUUCAAAAAAUUGCGAAAUUUCAACGAUAUUAAUAUCUAAGUAAAGCUCAACAGUUCCUGGAGUUAUCGUUCACCCUUAAUGGGUUCCUUUAGAAUUCAAUUGUGUGAAAUGGGGUUUCUGAAAGAAGUUCAAAUUUCAAGAAGACAACUCAAUAGUUUUUUUUCAAAGAAAAUUGAGAAAACUGUGUGUGGGUUGAGAAAUGGACCAAGAAAACCUAUGUGGAGGUCAAGGGUUUUGUCCUCAGAGGCAAUACAAGCUGUACAGUCUGUGAAAUUAGCAAAAUCAGCUGACAAAUUAGAGGAGAUGUUGAAAAACAAACUUGGUAGGUUAUUGAAGGCUGAUGUAUUAGACACUUUGAAUGAAUUGCAAAGGCAAAAUGAAGUUCACUUGGCUCUAAAGGUGUUCAACUUUGUCAGGAACGAGGAGUGGUACACGCCAGAUUUAUCUCUGUUCAACAGUAUGAUAAUGAUGCUGGGAAAAAACAAGUUCAUUGAAAUGGCUGAACAACUAUUUGUGCACAUGAUAAAAGAAGGUCUGCAACCAGAUUGCAGAACCUAUACUGAGCUGAUUGGGGCGUACUUUAGAGUAGAUCUCAUAGAGAAGGCAAUGGAAAUGUAUGAACUGAUGAAGAUAUCUGGAUUCUGCCCAGAUAAGUUGACUAUGAGUAUUUUGAUAAGGAACCUUGAAAAGGCUGAAGAGAAAGAGCUUGUGGUUAGAGUAAAGAAUGAAUGCGCCAACUAUAUUGACUAUCCAGAGAAAUUUCUAAAAGAAAUUGAAAGUACCAAUUUCAAGCGCAGGUUGAUCGACCUUGUCUGAAUUCUUGAAAUGAUAUACAACAGCUUACGAGUACUACCCUUCCCGUGCGACCUUUUGUGGCAUUUAGAGACGUAUAAACUAUUGGAAAGCAAGAAGCACGGUAGGCUAUUGUUGUUCAUCCGCAUGUAGACACUAGGUUGUCAAUUACUUGUUUUUAGGUACAUGGAUGCAUAGGAAUGUUUUGUGAUUAUAGCAUUCCCAACUCCUGUAUAGAAAGGAUUUGUUAGUCUUGACUCUUUAAAAAGCUACAGAAACACCAACACAAGCAGCAAUGAGCUUUGGCUCCCAAUCUGUAUGAUCAAUAGACUAAAAAGAAGGUUGUUGCAAAAGCCAAGAGCAUGCUAAAGUAUCGAGACAAACAACAUCGUGAGUCCAAACAAUAACUUGGCAGGCAAUGACACAAGAAAAUCAUCUUCAGCAUGGUGAGACGUGGGAAUGGACAAGAACAUAAUGAUGGAAACAAUUGAGCUGAAUAGUGCUACUGCAUUUCAUAUGACAAAGACCAUAAAUCUAUUGAAAUAAUAUUGGAAUACCAUCAACACCGUUA